AAACGGUUUCACUUUGUUGUCCUUUUCAAGUACAGUCUGUUCAUCGUCCAGACUUGGUCCAGUGGAGAAUCGUGCUAGUUUCGGCCGGGACAGUCGCGAGGGUACAGUUCAAUUGUGCGCUCACCGGAGCGGCCUCGCUGAACGACGUGUAUAUACAUUGUUUUUAAUGAACGUUUACGCCGGGUGUGUUCGUGACUGAAGGAGUGAUCCGCGUCGUACUGACUGAAACGUGUGUCGACCACCAACACGAACUCGAGCUGGCCUCUUCGUUUUAGUCUUUCUCAAGGUUCAAAUAAAUUGGCGACAGAAUAAUGAAAAUAUGCAGUACUCGUAUACAUGCGUGUGUAAAAUAAACUGCCAAAUAUGAGUGGCAUGGGAACAGCUACCAAAAGCAAGAGCGGGUCUCAAACUUCCAAACUUGAGUUUUGACUUCUGGGCUGCUGAAUUUAAACCUCGCACCACUUGGAUCAGGAAUGAUGUACAAGAUGCUUAGGUGUAGAACAGCACCCUCGUACCGUGGAGCGGUUGGGAGAAACAUUCAGCUGCUCGGAAAUGUAUCACAAUUAUUAUCACAAAACCUCUCAGACGUGGCUUGACCAAGCAAUGGAAACGUCAAAGCAAUAUUUUGGAUGAACGAUGGAAGCCGUGGUGGAGCGGUCGAUUCCGUCUUGUACAUUUCUUUCUGUGAACAUGACUCUGCUCUCUGUUUGGUGAGAUGCGUCGUGCCUUUCUUGUGUACCUCUCCAUGAUGCGUCUGCCCUGGUCCUUGGUAGGAGCGUAGCACUGUGUUAUUGGAAGCCGUACAUUGUAGGCAGCUGCUUUUUCUGUCAUGGAAUCUGCACGUUCGCGACUUUAAAUCCACAAAUUUCACUGAGGGGGUUUCCACGGCCGGCUUCUAGUAUUUCACCAAAGCUUUACUCUCGCAAAUGUACUGGCGUUUAUUGAGACAGGUCCCGUCGUCCCAGGUGUUCAGCAGGUCACCGACCUUUGGUUGCCCGAUUGCCGCGCAGUUCUGACCUUCCUGGUGAUUUGGCUCGUUCUCACUCCAGAAGGACACGACGGGGUGGGAUUUAUCGUGCCAAACAAACGUGCCGUUGACGUCAAAGUCGUUCAGCCCGAUCCAAAACUCAAUUGCCGGAGUCUUGCUGAGUCUGUCUUUGAUACCCUCACGUAUUAUUUUCUCCGUCCACCAUGUGCUCAUGUUGUUCAGGAAAUAGUGCGUGUCCUCAUCGGGAAUCCGGGCCAAGUGCGACCACUGGCGGAUGCAGUCGUGUUUUGCCGCCCUCCACCUCAGCCUGGCGUCGAUGCCGCCGAAAAGGAAGCAUCGGUCCUUGUGCUGCACCCAUCCCUCCUUGCACGGCUUGCAGUGCAACGUGGUCCUGUUGCAGCGUUCCCAGAGGAAGGCGAUUUUCUCCGAUUGCAGCAUCAAGCUCAUUCUCAUCUUCUGUUUCUGCGCUUGAUGCAGCAGCCGAGUGCCUUCAACCUUCAUGUCUUGCAGUAUUAGAAUGGGCGCCACUGCCACAGCCACCGCAGCCACCACAGCCACCGCCGCCGCCACGUACAGGCACGCCUGAGUUCCCGGUUCAAAAGACGAGUCACUGGCAGACUCCUCGUCCUCCUCAUCCCUCUCCUCUAGGUCUGAACCAUAUGGCCGACUCAGCUCUUCCUCCUCCAGGUGGAAGUCUUCACUCGUGCUGGUCGGGCUUGAACUGGAGGGAGAGCAAACAAAAGGCAAACGUUAUCGCGGCGCCCCCACAAUAUCGGCUGAGGUGUGUGUGUCCUCGAGAGGAUCGGGUGGCUCUGUGAGGACCGAGUGGAGCACGGUUGAUGAGUGACGGGUCACCCACUGAGCCCAGAAUCUGGCCAGUUUUCAUCUGGGCUUUGUGGAGCUAGAAACUCUCGGACACUUUUAGGACCCGAAUGCCACUUUCUCAGGUUACCUGCUUGGGGAGGACAUUCGCCGAGCGCAGCGUGAAUAACCUGUGGGCUCCAGAGAAUAAAAGAUGGACGUUUUCUUUGCGUUAAUAUAACGUCCGGCCAGCCUCUUCAAAGUCUUCCAAGCACGACAUUCGAGUCUUUGAACUCCACAUGAAAGCAGUUGUUGUCAGAUGAGAUUUUGUUGAUCAAGUCCUGUUUUCAGGCCAAAACCAAACACUUGAUUUCUCACCCGCCGCUGGUGAUGCGCAGCCAGCGAGCAAGGUGAAGAACAAACGGCAGGAGGAAGCCAAGACAGAAAGGCCCAGGAUUGUUUUCAUCAUGACGCUCGUGGGGACGUCACGUUACUCGUCAUUUCUUUCCACCGUGACUGUGAUCCUUCUUCUGCUUUGUGGCGUCCUCCUCCUGAUGUCACGUGGUAUAUUGCCCUGCUGUUUUCCAUCAGUGGUGUGCGUCUCGUUCUGGACCCACGUGUGACCCUGAGCAGGUCAAUACCUGCGUCAUCAUCGCCUCUUGAGUCUCAGUGACUCGCUGUCUGUCUGUUUUGAUCAUUUCAGCUCUUUUUUUCCAGCUACUUUUAACCUCUUCCUCACAAUUGUUACUGAUUUGCAGUCUUUCUCUGUGGCUGUCUUCAUAUUUGGACUCUGUCCUAUUUUAUUCGCCUGCAUCUGUUUAUGACUCUUUUCACUCUUUGUCAGUUUGAACUGCUGAUCGUCCUCCAAGGCUUUGACACAUGGGACAGUCAAAGUUGCUGAACAUGGCCAGGUCAGGAGUUGGAAACCACAACACACGUCUGUUAGACAUCUUUUCUGGAGGACACUUAAGCUGCAGGAGGAGUGUGUGUCUCUCUCUGUGUGUGUGUGUGAGUGUGUGAGUGUGUGUGUGUGUCUGUGUGUGAGUGUGUGUGUGUGUCUCUGUGUGUGUGUGUGUGUGUCUCUCUGUGUGUGUGUGUGUGUGUAUGUGUGUCUCUGUGUGUGUGAGUGUGUGUGUGUGUGUGUCUGUGUGUGUGUGUGUGUGUAUGUGUGUCUCUGUGUGAGUGUGUGAGUGUUUGUCUCUGUGUGUGUGAGUGUGUGAGUGUGUGUGUGUGUCUCUGUGUGUGUGUGUGUGUGUGAGUGUGUGUGUGUGUGUGAGCGUGUGUGUGUGUGAGUGUGUGUGUGUGUGUGAGCGUGUGUGUGUGUGAGUGUGUGUGUACGUGAGUGUGUGUGUACGUGCGUGCGUGCGUGUGGUGAGUGGUGUCAGACAUCAGGAAAACAGCCUUUUCUGUGCUCAUAUUCAUUUGUCUUCUCCCUCCCUUGCUGCUACAGCACUCCUCCCCCUCAUCCCUCCACCCCGCCCCUCGUCCGUCACACCCCUCCCACCUCUCCUCCUUGCUCUGGAGCCCAGGCUCCUCUCUCUCAUCCCUUCAGUUCCCGCUCCAUCAUGUUGGCAGGAGGAGGCAGGCGAGGAUGCGCGCUCAACUUUCCAGCCAGCGCAUCCUGCCUCUGACCCAGCUUUCACUUGUCUCUGCCUAAAGGAGCUCAGAGAGGAGGAGGGGGGGGGGUAAGUCAUGCAGGACAGCUGGGGCUCUCAGACCAAGACCCCCAACCGGAGCAGCAUCAGCCGGAGAGCGGAGGAGACCAGUCGCCCCUCAACGGUGGUGGAAAGCACAUCGGCGGUCCCUUCUUCAACUGCUGCCCGAGUCUCGUCCUCUCCCUCCUCCGCUCCGGGACCCAUGUGGCGGGAGGCGAUAAGAAGGAAACGGUACCUGCUGGACCCGGCCGCGGAGUCGGGGCAGGGGGGCAGAGGAGGUGCGAAGAAAAGGAGGCAGUCCCCGGACUGGCUGUACGAGUCCUACCACUGCAUGAGCCAGCAGCACCCCCUCAUCGUGUUCCUGCUGAUCAUCGUGAUGGGAGCAUGCCUGGCUCUGCUGACCGUGUUCUGCGCCUCAGGACUGAACGUUGAGGAGCACGUGGCCUUUGUCAUCACCGUCCCCACAGCGCUGGCGAUCUUCCUGGCAGUGUUCGUGCUGGUCUGCAUCGAGUCCAUCUUCAAGAAGCUUCUUCGCCUUUUCUCCCAGGUUAUCUGGGCCUGCCUGGUUGCCAUGGGUUACCUCUUCAUGUUCUCCGGUGGGAUGGUGUGCCCCUGGGAUCAGGUUUCCUUCUUCCUCUUCAUUGUGUUCGUGGGCUACACCAUGUUGCCCUUCUCCAUGCGCGACGCCAUCGUCGCCAGUGUUCUGACCUCAGUGUCGCACACCGUGGUGUUGAGUGUUUGCCUGUCGACCACCACCGACCGCCUUGACACUGUGGUGUGGCAGAUUCUGGCCAACGUGAUCAUUUUCCUGUGUGGAAACAUGGCCGGGGCGUACCACAAGCACCUGAUGGAGCUGGCGCUGAAGCAGACCUACCAGGACACCUGCAACUGCAUCAAGUCCCCCAUCAAACUGGAGUUUGAGAAGAGGCAGCAGGAGCGUCUGCUGCUGUCUCUGCUGCCCGCUCACAUCGCGCGGGUGAUGAAGGCUGAGAUCAUCCACAGACUGAAGGGGCCCAACUUUGGUCAGAUGGAGAACACCAACAAUUUUCACAAUCUCUACGUGCAGAGACACACGAAUGUAAGCAUUCUUUAUGCCGACAUCGUGGGGUUCACUCGACUGGCCAGCGACUGCUCCCCUGGGGAGCUGGUCCACAUGCUGAAUGAGCUCUUUGGGAAGUUUGACCAGAUCGCCAAGGAAAACGAAUGUAUGCGGAUCAAAAUCCUGGGCGACUGUUACUACUGCGUGUCCGGCCUCCCGGAGUCGCUGCCCAACCACGCCAAGAACUGCGUCAAAAUGGGCCUGGACAUGUGCGAGGCCAUCAAGAAGGUGCGGGACGCCACCUGCGUCGACAUCAACAUGCGAGUCGGCGUGCAUUCAGGCAACGUCCUGUGCGGCGUGAUCGGACUCCAGAAGUGGCAGUACGACGUGUGGUCACAUGACGUCACGCUGGCCAACCACAUGGAGGCUGGCGGUGUCCCAGGGCGCGUGCACAUCACGUCUGUGACCCUGCAGCAUCUGAACGGCGCCUACAAGGUGGAAGAUGGAGACGGCCAGGGGCGGGACGCCUAUCUGAAGGAGCACGGAGUCGUCACUUACCUGGUCAUCAACCCGAAGGUGGAGCGCCGCAGCCCGCAGCAUCACUUCCGCCCCCGACACACGCUGGACGGAGCCAAGAUGAGAGCCUCUGUGAGGAUGACUCGCUACCUGGAGUCCUGGGGAGCCGCCAAGCCCUUCGCCAACCUGCACCACCGAGACAGCAUGACUACUGAGAACGGAAAGAUCAACACCGCUGAUGUGCCCAUGGGACAGUAUCACUUCCAGCGCAGAUCCGAGAGGACCAAGUCUCAGAAGAGGCGAUUCGAGGAAGAGCUCAACGAGCGGAUGAUCAGGACCUUCGAUGGGAUUAAUUCUCAAAAGCAGUGGCUGAAGUCAGAAGACAUCCAGAGAAUAUCGUUAUUCUUUCACAACAAGUCUUUGGAGAAGGAGUACAGAGCGACUGUCCUGCCCACCUUCAAGUACUACAUCACCUGUGCCUGCUUGAUCUUCGUCUGCAUCUUCAUCGUGCAGAUCCUGGUCCUGCCCAGGAAGAGCACCCCGACCUCCUGGAUGUGGCUCCUGAGAUCCUCCAUCAUUAUCGCCAACAAGCCGUGGCCUCGCAUCACGCUCACCGUCGCCACCACCGUCCUGAUCCUGGUCAUGGCGGUCUUCAACAUGUUCUUUCUGGAAGACGGGGUGCUGCCCCCCACGCCCCUCCACAACUCAUCCAACGAAACCACGUUUCGCUCCGACGGACAAAUGGCAGCUUUUACCGACAAAAGUAACUCCCACCUUCCUUAUUUGAUCUACAGCUGCAUCCUGGGCCUGAUCUCCUGCUCCGUGUUCCUGAGGAUCCACUACGAGCUGAAGAUGGUGAUCAUGCUGACAGCCGUGGUGGCUUACAACGUCAUCAUCCUGCACACGCACGCCGCCCUGCUGGACGACUACAGCCGACUCCUGUACAGCACGGAGAGCCUGGACAGACCAGGGGUCCUCAAAGACCUGAAGUCUAUGGGGUCCAUCUCGCUCUUCAUUUUCUUCGUCACUCUGCUGGUGCUGGCCAGACAGAAUGAAUAUUACUGUAGGUUAGACUUUCUCUGGAAGAACAAGUUCAAGAAGGAGUGCGAGGAGAUCGAGACCAUGGAGAACCUCAACCGCGUGCUGCUGGAGAACGUCCUGCCCGCUCACGUGGCGGAGCACUUCCUGGCCCGAAACUGGAAGAACGAGGACUUGUACCACCAGUCCUAUGACUUGGUGUGCGUCAUGUUCGCCUCCAUCCCCGACUUCAAGGAGUUCUACACCGAGUCAGACGUCAACAAAGAGGGCCUGGAGUGUCUUCGGCUCCUCAACGAAAUCAUCGCGGACUUCGAUGAGCUGCUGUCCAAGCCCAAGUUCAGCGGCGUGGAGAAGAUCAAGACCAUCGGGAGCACGUACAUGGCUGCCACUGGGCUCAGUGCCUCCCCUGGGCCGGAGUACCUCACGCAGGAGCACGACCGGCAGUACAUGCACAUCGGGACCAUGGUGGAGUUCGCCUUCGCUCUGGUGGGGAAGCUGGACGUCAUCAACAAACACUCUUUCAACGACUUCAAACUCCGAGUCGGAAUAAACCACGGCCCGGUGAUCGCCGGAGUCAUCGGAGCCCAGAAGCCACAGUACGACAUCUGGGGGAACACUGUGAAUGUAGCCAGCAGGAUGGACAGCACCGGAGUCCUGGGCAAGAUACAGGUGACGGAGGAGACCAGUCGUGUCCUGCUGACCCUGGGCUACGUGUGCACCUGUCGGGGGAUCAUUCAUGUGAAGGGCAAGGGCCAACUCAAGACCUUCUUCGUCCACACGGAGAUGACCCGCUCACCGUCCCAGGGCAAUCUUAUGCCGUGAAAGUGUGGCUGGCCAGGUGAGG